CAGCUUGCCGUGGGGUCUUGGCAUCCAGCCUUGGCAUCCGUGCUUGGCGUGGGACUCGCCAGUGUCGAUCGGCGCUCGCACUCCCUGUCCUGCGUCUUGCUCCUCAUACUGGGCAUGUUCUCUUGCCCUGGCUUGCAGCGACUGUAUCUGCGGCGACUUGCUGGUCCUCGUCGUGCCCACCUGCGCGAUGCAUAUCCCUGCUCACACCGGACGCCACAGGGACACCCCUGCUCAAGUAUUGCCAUCCGCGAAUGAUGUGUCCUGGUUCAAAAUUGGUACAUUCUAUUUUUAGACCUGAUUUCGAGCUCUCACAUCGGGCCGUUGGGCGGCAGCAUGCUUCGCUACUCUCUCCCUCUUUCGCCUCCUCACCGCCAACACCGUCCCGACGCUGCCCGUCAUGUCGCCGCCAUGGUCCGAUUCCCGCUGCUCCAUGCUCGAGACGAUCUCGCCUCUGAUCGUCGACUUUCUCGAUGUGCGCGAUUGGACUCGACUUUGCGCCACAUCCAAGGACACCCGAAAACGUCUAUCGAGCCCGUUCUUCUGGAAGAUUUUGUUCCAGGAAAUCCUGGGUCUGCCCGCUGCAGCCGUCGAUGGAGACCAUCGCCAAAUCGCAGCAGCGGCCUUCUCGUUCUUGCACCGAUCCCGCCCUGACCCUUAUGCCAUCGAGCAGCGUCUCUGGGGCGCCGUAAGCCGAUCGCGGCGGUUGUGGAGGCAGGUUCGGCAGCUCAGUCUCAUCCACAGAGCUGUCCUGUUUGAGCGGUGGCCACACACCGGCCAGCUCGCCCGACCAGAAUCCAAGGACCUGGAGGACUGGAUCGUGGACAGAACCUUGCCGGACUCGAUUGGUGUGCAGGAUCUGGAUUCCUUCGAGAUGUUCCAGGAUCAGAUCUGUAUCGGCCUGCCCGAGACCGCCUGCUUCUGGAGGCCGCUGGCCCUCACGCUGCAGGGGUACCAAAGUCACAGCCUCCCGCUUGCGUUCGGGUGCUUGCUCGACACUCUCAAGUCGCUCGACAUCCACGGCGCCGACAUUGUGCGCUUUCCCGAAUCGUUCUUGCGGUACGGGCAGUCGAGCGCCAGCCUGGGCUUGCUUGGGACCCGAGGAUCGCUUUCGUCCGUGUGCCUUCAGCAGAGCGCAGAGCCGGUCUGCGACAAGUCUGUGGUCGCCACAACGAAAAGCUCGUCUCGGAUCGGUUCCCACACCCGAUCUGCGUCAAUCCCACGGGCAGUCUCGCCGCCACCAUUCCCACCGCUCUCGCAGCUCCAGCUCUCAAAGUGUCGCUUGCUUGUCGAUCUAGAAUGUGUCCGCCCCCUCGUCAACCUCACCACCCUCUCGAUUUCCGAGUGCCCGCAUCUUCACAGCCUUGCACCGCUCUCGAGUCUGUCGCGGCUCCGCUAUCUGCAAAUCGUCUCGUGCCCGCUCAUCAGCAACAUCGAACCGCUUGCCUCGCUCCAGCAGCUGCAGCAUCUGGGCCUCUCCCGCUGCCAUGCUGUCCGCUCUUUCCGACCCCUGGCGCUUCUUGGCCGGCUCGGAUCACUCGACCUCAGCGGCUGUAUCGGCCUGGAGUCACUGGACGACCUCUCGAGUCUCGUUCGACUGGCUCGACUCGACGUGAGCUCGUGCCCGUCUCUGACCUCGCUCGACUCCCUCGACCGGCUCGCCAGUCUUACCUCCCUCACCAUUAGCGGCUGCCGGCAAAUCCCCUCCCUCAGUCCCGUGGCAGCUCUGCGCAAACUCAAGACGCUGUCUGCGAGCGACUGCGUCCUGAUUGAGUCGCUGGAGCCCCUCCAUGAUCUCCCGGGGCUCGAUCAGCUCUUUGUCUGCCAGAGCCAUCCUGGUGCUGGCCUGCACACGGCCGUUGCCGCCAUGGAGUCUCAUCGAGCCAUCAACGCACUCACGCCCACAUGGAUCAUGUUUCAAUGUGCGGAAGUCUAUGGGCAUCCAGACCCCGGACGACAGUAGCCAUGUCCGAAUGCAGCACGGGCGACUGCUGGUACACCGGGACCAAGGGCGAGACUACCACAACGAAACCACCAUUGCGAGGAGCUCAACGGUGGCAGUAUGUCGGACGCUCUUCACAUCCCGCUCGCAUGCUUCUUGCUUGAAUAUACGCAUGCGUUCGUCUCCCG